AUGAGUGUCUUCCGCACAGUCGCUCGUUGCUCUCGAGUCCGCCUGCCUCCCGCCCACACCUCAAUCCCGCGCCGCUUUGCACAUCAGUCUUACGGUGGCGGUGAUUCUGGUUACCAAGAAAGCAAUUCAAACCCGAGACGUGACCUUGAACACCCUGGACCGGACGCUCCUGCCAGCAAGGGUCAAGAGAGCUCGUCUUCGGGAUCUGCCUCAUCCUCUGGUCAGCCCUCGUCUACGGAGCUUUCUCAUGAUGGAGCUAGCAGCGGCAAAGGUAGUCCUGCUAUACAACAACCGAAGUCGUCCUCAGAAUCAGACAAUCCAGAGGUCAAGAAGCACAAUGAAGAAAUGCGGGAUAGGGCUGACAAGAGCGUGAAUCAACUUUCGGAAGAUGAUAACAAGGUGCCGCCAACCUACUGGAAAGGUGAUGUCGGCGAUCCGAAGAAGAGCAAUGAUUCUUGA